GCACAAGACUAUUUGUAAAUAUAUAGUUACGUUAUCGAUAAAUUACAAUAAUCUGUUAAAUUACACAUUGUCUUCAACUAAUAGUUCGAGGAAGAAAAAAAUAAGAAUUAGUAAUGACUGCCAUGCGUGCUGUCUACUAAGAUUUACAAUGUUUCUUCGACUUUCGUGGUUUAAGCCUAAGCGAACCUAUCAACACUUCGUGAAACAUUCUCUAAAACUGGGAAGGGAAAUCUUUUGUUUGAAAAGCUGCUAUAGUCUGGAUUGCAAUGGCGCUAAAAUAGUGACUUAUGGUGAACCUUGCGUUACGGCUCGCCGACUCCCUUUUCAGAUUCAGGGACCUAAACCGUGUUCCAAAGAGGAAAAGGCACCUGUGUCGUUGAAUUUUAAAGUAGUUACCGAUACGUAUACUCAACCUCGUCAUAUUGAAUAUCCAAUUUCAGUCGACAUGCCGACUACUACCUCAUCACCAUCAGGAAAGCUUAGCAUGGAAGAUACUUUACGUGGAGAAGUUUAUGCGUACAAUACUUACGUUCCGCCCGCUGUUAAUCCUUCACUACCUUCAAAGAAUUAUAACUUUCAAGUUGAAAAUCCAAUUACAACAAACGACGUUACAUCUGACGAUGAAUGCGAAACCAAAGUUAAACGACUGAAAGGACUUCAAUCCCGAAUUGACCGAAUACUCGUUCCUGCGUGUGAAGUUUCAUCGUUAUCAUGUUCAUAAAUUUUGAUACCAUGAAAUUAAUAUAAAACAGAUAAAGUAAUGUAAUAAAAUACAAUAACAACACUAAGGUAUAAAAGCGUUAAAAUAAAUUUGAUAUGAUAAA